ACCUUACAUUCAUCCACACAACUGCAAAAAUGACUCCAAUAUUCUCAACCAUUUUCACUUGUUUGCUUCUUUUGCCUUUUGUUUUCCAGAUUGCCAAUGCCGCGGUCUUUGACAUCCGAAACAACUGUCCGUACACCGUUUGGGCAGGGGCUGUGCCUGGUGGGGGACGGCAGCUUAAUUCGGGCCAGUCUUGGUCUUUAAACGUCCCAGCUGGUACCCAAGGAGGCCGUGUAUGGCCCCGAACCAAUUGCAACUUUGAUGGUUCUGGUCAAGGACGGUGUGAAACCGGUGACUGCAAUGGUCGCCUCGAGUGCCAAAACUAUGGCACACCACCUAACUCCCUAGCCGAGUUUGGUUUGAAUCAAUUCAAUAAUCUUGAUUUCAUUGACAUAUCUCUUGUCGAUGGAUUCAACGUGCCAUUGGAAUUUAGCCCGACUUCAGGUGGGUGCACUCGGGGCAUUGUAUGUCGUGCAGACAUCAACGGGCAGUGCCCUAACGAGUUACGGGCUCCUGGUGGGUGCAAUAACCCCUGUACCGUGUUCAAGACCGAUGAAUAUUGUUGUAACUCUGGAAAUUGCGGACCAACUACUUAUUCGAGGUUUUUCAAAGAGCGGUGUCCCGAUGCUUAUAGUUAUCCUAAGGAUGACGCCACCAGUACUUUUACGUGCCCCGGAGGAACCAACUAUAAAGUCGUCUUUUGCCCUUGAUCGAUCCGUCAUCCGGCCACUGGAUUAAGAAAUAAUUACUUAAGAACUUAAUUACCUAAUUAAACACCGAUCGAAUACGUACGUACGGUGAAUAAGAUAAGAUGAUAAUCUAAUACGAAGGGUUCUUCCUUAUUAAUGCUAUAAUAAUAUCAUUAUGUAAAAUGUAUUGCGAUGUUUUAUCUUAAUAAUCUCGGUAUUGCGAUCUUUUAUCUUAAUAAAUAAUAACCCCAGAAUUAUUGGAGUA